AUGGCCCGUAACGAAACACAUCAUAUCUUAUACCCACGCGACUGCUGCUGCCGGCCCGUCCUCCUCCCACCCGAUCCCCGCGCCAACUCCAGUACUUCGUCUUCCGCCGUCACCUCCUCCGAUGAAGACAGCCGCCCCCCAAGAACCACCGGAUGGGGCUUCCGCUCUUUCUUUUCCUUGGCAUCCUCCAAGAAAGUACGAAAGCGCCGAUCUUUUCGAAAGAAGAACUAUUCCUCGUCUUCCGUCGACAGCAACUUGGCCUAUGGCGGUUACCAGUCCAGGUCUUCCCUAGAGUCGCAGAGAGGUGUCAGGAGAAGGAGCGGGCCGCAGAGGAAGAUUAGCCAGACCUAUUCUCAACACUCCCACCACGACAAGGAGUAUCAGCAACACAAGGACCAGCCCAAGGAUCAGUACCACCAGCCGAAGGAUCAGUAUAAUGAUCAUCAGCAGUACGAGCCUCAGCAUGAGUACCAGCGCCCAGAAUAUGUGCCGCAGAAUCAAUAUGCGCCCUCGGACCAGACCACACCAAGACCAUAUGUGGCCCAGCCCCAGUAUGCGCACUCGGACCAAACUACACCACGCCCACAGCACCAACAACAGCCACACGCGCAUCCCGAGCCGUACUAUCGUCACCAACAUCAGCAGUACCACCAGCAGCAACCCCAUGGUUAUCAGCACCCUUCGCAGUACCACCAUGACGAGCCCGAACACGAUCCAGAGCUCUUUACUCCUGAUGGCCGACCCAACUUGGCGCGAACAAAGACGGAUGAGGAGAUUAUUGAACUUGGGCGCAAGAUUUCUGACCUUGCUAGGGCUUCCAACCUCCGUGACCUGGAAAGGGCUGGCAAACAACGCCCAUCCCAGCUGGUAGGUGCCGCGACCGCCAUCUCCAACUUCCGCCGCCAGAAUUCGAGGAGGAAUGGACGCCGCGGUCUUGCUCCCUCCAAGUUUAAACGCAAUGAGCAAAAUGACGACGAUCAGGGCUGGGACACGGCUUCAGACUCGGACUCCGACUCGGGUGACAACACGGAAGAGGCCAGUGCUAGUGACUCUGACCUCGCCUAUGGUUCCUCACCUCACUAUUCGGACGAUAAGCUGUCUUCUCCCCCGGCUGCCGCGCCUCCACCACCGACCAUCAGCCCUCAGAAACCCUAUGUCAGGAACAAGGCCGUCGAUCCCUCCAAGUUUGGUCCCGUCAACUCCUUGCACGGUCUUGUGACUCCUCUGAAUAGCUUCCGACCGACUGAGAAUGCGCCCCCACCCCGUCAGUCGAAGCCUUGGCUUAACAGAUUCGAGAACGAUCCUCUUCCUGAACAUCCUACCCCGGCGGAUGAGCUUGAUACACCAAUGCAGAUGGUCUACCCGGUCGCUACCCCCGAUCCCCACAGGUUCGAUGCCGUCACCAGUCCAACUCUGGUAUCCGGCUCACCCCUGAUCACGUCACGACCCGUUGCUGUUGCCAUCCAGGCCCCCAAGCCCCGUGUUCCAGUCUCGACACGCGCCCUGGAGCAACAUCAAAUGCCGCGCCAGAGAUCAGCCGAUGGUAGGCACCUUGUGGCCGACUCAGCCCUGGCCAAGUCCAUUGGAACUGCAGCUAAUAAACAUGAAGUAAUCCGGGAUGAUACGCCACCCUCCAACUACCGACAACAUCGCUCGCGUGCUUCUGAUAUGAGCACUGGUUCCACUCACCCAUCUCAUGCUUCUCACCAUUCUCAGGUUCCGUCGCACCAUUCUCAUACUUCGCACACCUCUCACGUUCCGGUCCAUGUCCAGGUCCCGCUCCCUACGACCCGUGAUCUCGAGUUCGAUGAUUGGCACGACUUCGAAGACCGCCACAACCGCCUAGCCUCCGAUGUCCCCAAGUUUACCGACCCGGCUGCUGCCGGUGUUGCCGCGACACUCAUCGGAACCGCCCUCUUCCAGGAUCGACACCGACGAGACGACGAAGAGGAACGUAGCCUGGACCCCAACCACGUUCUGGCCGAGUACAAGGCACGCGUCCAGCAGGAGGAAGAGCAGCGCCGGAAAGUCGAGGAGGCCGAGAAGGAGCGCCUUGAGAAGGAACGCCAAGAACGGGAGGCCCGUGCUGCCGCUGCCAUCAAGCGGGAGCGUGAAGCUCGUGAAGCUCAGGAGGCCGCUGAGCGGGAAGCUCGCGAGAAGAAGGAGGCAGAGGAGCGUGCCGCCGCUGCUGCUCUUCAACUGGCCGUGCAGAGAGAACGCGAGGAGCGGGAAGCGCGUGAGGCUCUUGAGAAGAUGCAGAGGGAAGCUGAAGAACGCGCUGCUGCUGCCGCUGCCGCUCAACGGGAACUCGAAGCUCUUGAGAAAGCUCGUCGCGAAGCCCAGGAACGCGAAGUCCAGGAAGCCAUCGAAAAGGCCCGCCGUGAAGCGAUGGAACGCGCAGCCGCUGCCGAGGAGCGGGAACGUCAAGAGCGUGAGCAUCUUCAGAAUGUCCGUCGCGAGGCAGAGGAUCUUGCUAUUGCUGCCCGCCGAGAGCUUGAGACCCGCGAAUCUGCGAUUGAGGCCGUUGCCAAGGAAGCUAGGCGCCUCCGUGACGAAGCCGAUUACCGCGAACAGUACGAACGCCGUGUCCGAGAGGCCCGUGAAAUGCAGUACAAGGAGGAACGCCGAAUGCAUGAUGCUCGGUAUCGCGCUGAGCGGGACAAUAUGGUUGUCGAUAUUGAGCCCAGACACCGUAGCACUAGCCGGCAAUCGAGGGAUGAGUCUCCCGAGGAAAAGCGCUCCGAUAAAGGUAAGGAGAUUGACCGCGAGGAGCACCACCGUCCCAAGCCUCAGCCUGUUACCAUCAUCAACGAGCGCGACGUUCCGAAAGACGAGCCCAAGCCCAAGGUCGAAGAGCCCACCCGAUCCGUUCCGGGAGAGAAGCGAGAGAGUAUGGGCGACACCCUGAACCCGGAGCCCAAGAAGCCCAGCAAGGAGGAAAGACGUGCUAAGCGCGCCGAAACUCGCCGACUCCUCGCCGAAAUGCAAAAGGAACUCGAGCUCGAAAAGGAACGGGCUAGGAAAUUGGCCGAGCUUGAAGCCGCUGAGCAGCAACAAAAGAAGCCUAAAGAAGAGGAACCUCGCAAGUCUAGCCCACCUGUUGUGCCAGAGUCUUCGAAACUCACCAAGGACCAGGUUAGUCGCGACUCCAAGGAAGCACCAGCUCCAGGACCAUCCCCUUCGAAGUCCCCUAAAGGCGUAAUUGACCCAUUCCAAUUUCAGGUUCCGGAUGAUGCCUUUGCCACUCCCGUUUAUGCCACCCCGGCUAGGCCAUUGACUCCUCAGGUCCAUACCGUUCCCGAGCCUGAUUUCUCGCCUCCCAAGCGCCGUCAAGUAACCCGCCAGUUGACCGAUCAGGAGCUUGAAGUUCGUGAGAGAAUAACCCGUCGUGAUACCUUUGAAAUCGAGAAGCGCCAGGAGGAAAUCCGCAGGAGCAGGAAUGCGUCUGAGCAGCCAACUGGGGAUUAUUUCGACCCAAGGACUGCUUCCGAGGCGGACAUGAAAACACUAACGCCGGAGGGGCCCGAACGUGAGCGAAGCCGGAGCCGUAACCGGGCGGGAAGCCGUGUCCGCGAAUCCGAGCCACUGCGCGAUAUCACCGAAGAACCUGGUCGUGCCCGCAGCCGCAGCCGUCAACCCAGUUACGCUCGCGAGGCGGAGCCAAAGCCAGAUCCUCAGGUCGAAGCUAACAAGUGGUACCGUGACUACAAGAAUAGCCAGCGGAACGAACGCUUGCGCAGCAGCUCGCCUAAUCGAUCGGUCGUGGAUAAGUAUGACGAUUCAAAGUCCGAACCAUCGUCACCUGUCAUCGUCACAGCCGAACCAACGAUCAUCACGGCCGAACCUAAAUGGGUUACGGUCGAGCCUGCAGAUGAUGGAAAGCCCGCAAAGAGCAAGUACGCCGAGCCCAAUGCCGAUGUGAAGAUUGACCAUGUUAUCUUGCCGAGAGAUCUGCACAAGUUCCUCACACCGUCGGAGGAUCAUGCCAGUCUUCAUGCGCCCGCUGGAAAACCGAUGUUCAGUUCGAGAGAUCCGUCGUGUGAGAGGGAGAGGCCCUUGUUGACUUUGGUGUUGCCAACGCCCGCGCCCACUCCGAACCCAGAACGCCAACGGAGGGAACGCGAAAGACAAGCUGCCCGCGAGCCUCAGACAGGACCCAUCGAGACCAAGCCUACCUCCGAGGACCCCAAGCCAACGCCCGUUGCUGCCGACGAAUCGAAGAAGCCGAACUACAUCCUCAAUGCCCGCGGUGAAAUCGAAAUCAUCGCCCCGACCCCAAAGGAUGAAGACAACGAGUCCGUCAAGUCAGAUGGGUGGGUGGAGCCCGUGGCUGAUACGGGUUUGACGCAUGUUGUUGCGGACAGGUCGAGGCAAGCAGCCGUGGAAGCGAUCAAGCGCGCGCUGUUGCAACCCAAGAAGGAGAGGAAGGCGAGCAGUGCUUGGGGAGCGCUUGGUGGUGCGCUGCUCAAGAAGGUUGCUGAGGAUAGAAAGGCAGCCGCUGAGAAGAAGGCCGAGCUCCCGGCUGCGGAGGAGAAGAGCGCUGCUCCUGAAGUCGAGGAACAGAUUGAGGUCCCAGCUUCGGUUGUUGAAGCUCCAAUUGUUGAAGAGCAGAAAUUGCGGGAGCUCGAGCCUGAGACAAAGCCGGCUGAGGUUGUUGCGCCAACAAAGACUGAGGUGCAGCCCGAUGUUGAACUACCCCGCCAAGCCCUGCAUCCCGCUCCGGAGCCGCAUCCGGAGCCGCACCAUGACGCGCCGCCGGUCCCCACAAUUGCCAUUCAGGAACCGGAGAGCCCGAAAACGACUGAGGAGACCAAGUAUGAUGAGCCUAAGGAGGAGCCAAAGGAUGAGGGGCAGAGUGCGCUUCCCGAGGGAGAUUCUCAUGAAGAGAAAAGAGAUGAGGCUAUGCGUCAGAUUGUCGAUGAACAAACAAGUAGCCCCGUCAAGCCCAAGCGAAAGCUCCCGAAAGGUGUUGUAGAACCACCGAUCUUCUCUCCUUACCGCCCUACCUUCUCCGAUAACUUCGCCGAUGUGCUUUGCGGCGAGAACCCGAACCCCGACACGCAUGCCGAUACUUAUACCUGGCGCCGCGAUGGCGUGGCAUUAGAGCCGGAGACACAAACUUCUUCUACGAGUGAGGAGUGGGAGUCCCUUCCGCGAGAAGUGGAAAUUGAUAAGGACGAAACCACGACGAACCCAAAGAGGACAUUCAAUCCGGAUAAUCGAGAGCCGCCAGAUCGGUUGGGAAAGGAGUUCUCGUUUGAGGUUGUGGACCGCGAGAACUCCCAGACCUAUCCCUCCGAUGAGAGUGCACGGGAAGGCGAGAAGGUUACCACGGAGCACAGUGGUGUUUCGGACCGCCGACCUAGCCAUGAGUUCGCUGAUUUCCCGAAGAACCAGACCAAUGGCUCGACAUCGGGCGGCAAGCACGACCACAUCAUCACCACCACCACCGAAUUGAACGGCAACCAUGAGGAGCAGUCUUUUUUAGGUAAUGCCGGCACCCAUGGCGCAGGUGCCGGCUCGGCAGAAGAUUCUGAGGCUGCGACCGCUUCUGAGAGCAAGGAAGCGGAGGCCCAGAUUCUCCCUCGCCCAAAUGCCACCCAGGCCUCCAUGGGCGAUAUCCCCGUCGCUAAAGCUAAGGAGGAAAAGGAGGAGGAGAAGAAGAAGAAGAAGAAGAAGAAAUCACACGACAGCAACAACGCGGGCUCGGACAGUGCCCCCGAGCCAGCCCAACAGCUGCGACACACCGAUUCUCGGUUUAUCGACCCUGAAGUCCUAGUUCAUAGAUCCAUCACCCCCGCCAUCGAUCCUCAAUAUGGGGACCUCCUUCCUUUGCCUCCCUACCCUACUCUCACGGGACCUGGGUACCGCUACCUCGAAGACUUGCCCUCGCCGCUUGAUCUUGAUCUCGAACAACUUCCUGCACUGCCGGAAAGCCGACCUUCCACCCCCCCACCUACAUCUGCUUCCAGAAGCAGCUCGUUCAAGGCCGCCGUGGCAGCAAUGAUGGGCACCCAAUCCAUGGUUAAGAGACAAAGGGGUCACACUCGUAGCCGUAGUGCGCUCGAUGGGACCACCCCUGUCAGAGUCCCAAGCCAGACUGCUGUUCCUAUCCAGUUCCGUCUGAAGGGAAAAAGAUCAGGAUCGGUUCACUCCCUUCCUCCUCCUGAAGCUUGGGGUCAAUCGCCUGUUUCGAGGCCGUCUAGUGCCCAUGGUGACCCUGCUGGUGUCUCCGGUGGGACUUCCCCAGUCAGAAGCAGGCCGAGACCCAGUAGCUGGGAAAGUUCAAUGAGGGAGAUGAAGCCUCUGUAUCUUGUUGAACGCAAUGCUGCUGUGUCUGGGUCGGCGCCGGCUCGGGUUAUUGCUACUGAUACUGAUGAGGCACUUCCUCCCCCGGAGAGUUUCGAGCUGCCGGAUGAUGAUGAUUUGGAUUUGUUGCCUGCGCUGCCGGAGAGUGUGCCGGGAAGUGUGUCGGGAAGUGAUGCUGGUUCGCCUCUUGUUGCGCCCCAAAUUGAGAACCUUGGAAGGAAUAUGGAUGUGCCAAGUGAGGAUGAGGAGGAGGUUUUGAAGCCUGUGGAGGUGGAUCUUCCUACCACUGAACCUGAGACUGAGGCGGCUGUUGAGGCGGCUCUCCCUGCGCCGGAGGUUGUUUUGAGAGCUCUUCCCGUCACGGCACCGGAGACUGUCAAGCUGCCGGUUGACGAAGACCUUGAUCUCCUCCCAGCUCUUCCAGAGAGUGACGCUGGUUCACCUAUCAUCGCCCCCGCGGAUCUCUCCAGGGAUGUUCCCGUCGACGAAGUCCUCAACCAGGUCGAAGUCGAAGUCCCUAGCCCGGCUCCUGCUGAGAGGACUCUCCCUGCUCUGGGGACUGUCAAACUUCCGGUUGAUGAAGAUCUGGAUUUGUUGCCGGCUUUGCCUGAGUCCCCGACAUUCGAAACUGCUGUGCCCGUGGCGGUUUUGCCGGUCACGGUUCCUGCUGAAGGAACUCUUCCUGCUCCUGAGGAAGUCAAGCUCCCUGUUGACGAAGACCUCGAUCUCCUUCCCGCUUUGCCUGAGUCUCCUAUCACCGAGGCCGCUGUGCCUGCUUCUUUGCCGGCAGUCACUCCAGAGGUUAUUGAGGUGGUCCCGGCUGAGAGGGAACUUCACCUUCCUUCUCCAGAGACCGUCAAGCUUCCUGUUGAUGAAGAUCUGGAUUUGCUACCGGCUUUGCCUGAGUCUCCGACAAUUGAGUCUGCUGUGCCUAUUUCAAUACCAGCGGUUACGCCAGAAGUUGUCGAAGCGGUCCCGGUUGCUGAGCCUGAAGUUGUUGAGGCUCUCAAGGCUAUUGAGACUCCCGCUCCAGUUGAGAGGGAAAUUCGCCUUCCUUCUCCAGAGACCGUCAAGCUCCCCAUUGACGAGGAUUUGGAUCUUCUCCCAGCUCUACCGGACAGUGGUUGUACUUCACCUACUCUUCGUGAACCAGCCUCCCUUGUUUCCGUUGGUGAGUCUGAGGAUGAGGCUUUCGCAUCUCCCACGGAGGACAUUCUACCAGCUCCACAAGCUGUCAAGCUCCCAGAGGAUAUCAAGCUUCCUGUUGAUGAGGACUUGGAUCUUCUUCCGGAACUGCCUGAUUCUCCUGCAAUUGAGACCAUGCCUUCUAUCCCCGUCUCGGCUCCUGAAGAAGAAGAGACUCCAAAGACUAUCGAGAGGCCGCAGACGAUUGAACUCCCGGUUACUAUCGCUCCGGCUCCUGAGACUGUCAAGCUCCCGGUCGAUAAAGACCUCGAUCUUUUGCCUGCCUUGCCGGAUAGUCUUGCUACCUCUCCGAUAACAGAGACCAUGCCAAACCUGCCUUUUGAUGAGGAAGUAGCUGAGGAGACGCCAAAGACCGUUGAGCGUGAGGUCCCCGUUCCGGAAAGCAUCAAAUUACCUGUUGAUGAGGAUCUUGAUCUCCUUCCUGCUUUGCCAGACAGCAUCGCUACCUCUCGGACGCCCGCGACCAUGCCAACUUUACCUAAUCUGGCCCCUGAAGUUGCAGAUGCGCCCAAGGAGAUCCCGGUUGCCCCCGAGACUAUCACACUCCCAGCUGAUGAUGAUCUCGAUCUCCUGCCCGCACUUCCCGCAAGUGACAAUACUUCCCCAGAAAGAAGCACUUCUCCCGUUCUCGAGAAGGCCGCCUCGCCUGUCAUAGUCCCUGUCCCCGAGCCUGAGGCUGAGACAGUAGCGCUACCUGUUGACGAAGACUUGGAUCUGCUUCCCGCGCUUCCUGAAAGCGGCCCGGCUUCGCCUACGAAGGAAUACUCCUCUCUUGCUACAUCGCCGGUUAUCGCUCCUGCCGUUGAGAGGGAGAUUGAUAACGGGACUAAGCCUGUUCCGGAUGUCAGCCGUGAGUUGGAGGUGUCCAAGGAGGCUACAAUGCUCGAACCUGAGCCGGAGACGAUUUCAUUGCCGGUUGAUGAUGAUUUGGAUCUGCUGCCUUCGCUGCCGGAGAGUGGACCUGCUUCACCUACCAAGGAGCAUGCUUCUCUUGCUACUUCGCCUGUCGUUGCUCCUGUCUUCAAGCCUGCACCGGAAACCGUCUGCUUGCCGGUUGACGAAGAUCUUGAUCUCCUUCCCGCUCUUCCUGAGAGUGGUCUAGCCUCGCCCACCAAAGAGCAUACUUCUCAUACUACUUCGCCGGUCGCUUCUCCUGCACUUCUCAAGGAGAUCGAGACCGAGGCUGCACCUAUCCUCACCCUUGACGAUGAGGUCGCUAAGGAACUACUACCCAAGCCCGAGACAGUUUCAUUACCUGUUGACGAAGAUUUGGACCUCCUACCUGCUCUACCUGAGAGCGGUCCAGCCUCUCCUACCAAGGAACACUUCCCCCGUUCUGCUUCCCCAGUGGCCCCCGUACUCGAGAAGGAGCCAGUUCCCGAGGCCACCUCCGAGGUUACGCGUGAAGUAAUUCCUGAGCCCGAGGCCGUCUCAUUGCCCGUUGACGAAGAUUUGGAUCUUUUACCUGCUCUUCCUGAGAGUAUUCCGGCUUCGCCUACCAAAGAGUAUGCUUCGAUUGCCACCUCGCCCGUCGUUGAAGCGGUCAUUGAGAAGGAACCCAUUGUCGAGGCUGCCCCUGAAGUCGUCCCUGAGCGUCUACCGCUCCCAAUUGAUCAAGACUUGGAUCUUCUUCCUGCUCUGCCUGAGAGUGUCCCAGCGUCGCCUACCAAGGAACACGCUUCGCUUGCUACUUCUCCGGUCAUCGAAGCAGUUGUUGAGCCCGUUGUCGAAAAGGAGCCUGUUGUUGAGACCAUUGCUGAUGUUGAAGUUGUCCCUGAGCUUCUACCACUUCCGGUCAACGAGGACUUGGACCUCCUCCCGGCUCUGCCUGAAAGUGCUCCUGCUUCGCCUACCAAGGGACAUGCUUCUCUUGCUACCUCGCCAGUCAUUGAAGCGGUCGUUGAGAAGGAACCUGCCACUGAUGUUAUUCCUGUGCUCAUGCCUCUACCCAUCGACCAGGACUUGGACCUCCUACCGGCUCUGCCUGAAAGUGCUCCUGCCUCGCCAACUAAGGGGUUCGCCUUCCCUGUUUCUUCUUCAGCCGAAACCCCUGAAUCUGUUCCUGAGGCUGUCUCCGAGGAGAUUCCCAAGGCUCUUCCAAGUGAAGUUAUCCCUGAACUUCUGCCUCUUCCCAAGGCUCAAGAUUUGGAUCUUCUUCCUGUUCUGCCCGAGAGUGGCCCCAGCUCGCCUACUAAGGAGUUUGCUUUCCCGGUUUCUUCUCCCGCAGAAACUCUUGAAGCUGUUCCCGAGGACAAUUCCAAGGUUAUUUCAGAAGUCAACCCCGAGCUUCUGCCUCUCCCUAGGGAUCAAGAUCUGGACCUGCUUCCUGCCCUUCCCGAUAGUGGCCCCAGCUCACCUGUAUCAAGAGAUUUUGCAACGCCUGUGGCCCAGCCCAAGGAUAUUCCAGUCAUUGAAGAGAUCCAGCAGCCUUCCAAGGCCUCGGAGGAUGUCUUGUCAAUCACCACCCCCCAGGCCGAGUUCGUGCCACUUCCAGCUGAAUCUGACGACGGUCUCUGGGCUUUGCCUUCCCUGCCUCAGAGCCGUGCCGGCUCGGGAUACACCUCGCCUGUCACUGCCACUUUCCCGACUGACGAGGUCUCCCCACUCGUCAAGGCCAUCGAAGAGAUUUCCGAGCUGCCCAUCUCCGUCAACCCUGAAACUGUCCGCCUGCCAUCUGACGACGGUCUUUGGGCCUUACCUUCUUUACCCGGAAGCCCCGAGGGAUUGGGAUACGCUUCGCCAGUUGCGGCGAUGCCUGCCCUUGGUGUUGAGCCGCCUAUGCGGGAUCUUGAGGAGUACUUCCCUGAUUCAUCUGACCAAGAGACUGUCGAGGAAGUCCCGUCGAAGCUGCCGGUUGGGGUUGUUGCGACCGAGUUGCCGCUGGAUACCCUGCCUCAACUACCGGCUGAUGAGAAUCUUGAUCUCUUACCUGCCCUACCUGAUAGCCGGAGUGAGUCCCCUGAAAUUGCUCAGCCGUCGACGCCGAAGGUUGAAGAGACUAUUCCCGAAGAGGUCGAGAAGGCUGUUGAUAGCCCGGCUGUUGAGCGCAGUCUACCAGUUCCAGAGUCGGUCUCUCUGCCUGUUGACGAGGACCUCGAUCUUCUGCCUGAGCUUCCUGAGAGUAGAGGUGAAUCACCUGAGCUUGUGCAGCCCUCUGCACCUCAGAUUGAGAAGGCUGUUGAUGCUUCUGCUCCUGAGGGUAACCUGCCUGAGUCACUUCCUCUGCUCACUGAUGAGGAUUUGGAUCUACUACCCGAGCUGCCUCAAAGCCGCAGUGACUCGCCUACCGCACAGCCCUCAGCACCGAAGGUCGAACAGGCUGUUAUCGAGGAGGCCAAGAAAGCUAUCAAUGUUCCGGAUCUUGAGCGUAAGCUGCCUGAGUCAGUUUCUCUGCCUACUGAUGAGGACUUGGAUUUCCUGCCUCAACUUCCCGAGAGCAGAAGCAGUUCGCCUGGGUAUGAGCUCCAGGUUGCUGUGCCAGAAACCGAAGAGACUGCCGAGAAGACUGUCUAUCAACCUGAGCAACUACCUCUUCCUACUGACGAGGACCUCGAUCUUCUACCUCAACUUCCCGAAAGCAGGAGCAGUUCCCCAGGCUACGAGCUCCCGGUUGCCACCCCUGAGAUUGAGCAAGAGCAGCCCACCAUCGACAACGUCGCCAAGGAUAUCGAUCUCGUCCAGCCCCAAGAGCCAACCACUCCAGCACUCUCCGAACUACCAAGCCUGCCGGCCGAUGAAGAUCUUGAUCUCUUGCCAGAACUUCCCGCAAGCCGUGAUAGCUCACCCGAUUUGGCUGUUUCUUUGCCAGUCGAGGACCAGGAGGUGCUACAAGCUGAAGAAGACACCUCAAAGCAGCUUGCCCUUUCUGGGCUUCCCGCCUUGCCCGUGGAUGAAGAUCUUGAACUCUUGCCUGUGCUUCCGGAGAGCAGGAAUGAGUCGCCUGAGCCAGAGGCUUCCGUGCCUGCCAGCGUUCCCGAGCAAGCCGACUUGUCCAAGUUGCCAGCUCUGCCAAUCGAUGAGGACCUCGAUAUCCUUCCUGCACUUCCUGAAAGCAGAAAUGAGUCUCCUGAGCCUCAGCCUAUUUCUUUGCCCAAGGCUAUCUCACCAGAGGUUCUUCCUCUUCCGGCUGACGAAGACUUGGAUCUUCUGCCUGAACUGCCGGAGAGCCGGGGUAGCACUCCUGAUCAAGAGGCUGCAAUGCCAGUUGCCGCACCUGAAUCUCCCGUCGUUGAAGAGGCUGUUAAGAAUGUCCCAGAGGUUGCUGAAGACCUCUCCAAGUUGCCCGCACUUCCCGUUGACGAAGACCUCGAUAUCCUUCCUGCCUUGCCAGACUCUCCUGCCGUUGACAACUUCCCCGAAGAGGAGACACAGACCAGCCAGCUACUUGAGGAGGUAUUUACACAGCCUGCCUGGGAAGAGACGCAACCUACUCAGGCCAUCGAAGUUUCCAAGGACGACUUGUCGCAACUGCCCGCUCUACCGGAAAGCAGAAGCGACACGCCGCUCUCUGACCUGCCAGCCCUUCCUGAGAGCAGAUCCAGCAGCCGUUCUGAGGACAUCGAGACGGCGCCUAGCCUCGAGGACCCGUCAGAACUCCCGCCAUUGCCAGAGAGCAGAGAAGAUUCGCCCGAGCCCAAGUCACCAUUGCCUGUGCUUGGUACCCAACCAGAUACGGAGUCGCUUGCCAAGCAGGUUGCCCCUGGUCAAUCGUGGAAUGAGGGCGAGACGCAAGGUACGGAAGCCAAGAUCGAUGGAGAUUUGAACAAAGCUAAUAUCGAUUGUACAGAAGAAGCCAUCCCUACGUCUAACGAGAUCAUCGUAGGCCACGUCCGCCGCAACUCUUCCGAAGCUGCCCACCCAGGCGAUAUCUACGAAAAGCCAUCCUCCCAUAACCAAGCCAAGUCCCCGAUGCUUAUCGGCAACGACGACAACAACGACCCCAACGAGAUUGACUACAAGCUGGCCGAGACCAUCUACGAGGACAUGUGCGAGGAUGACGCUUCUACGGUGGCUGCAUCAGACGCCCCCAGCUUUUUGUCCGGCGCAAAUGCGGAACAAAAGGAGCAGAUUGCCAAAGCCCUUGCGGGCGACUCCGAGGCUACUUCUAGCUUGAGCCCGGAAAGCUCCUUCAGGGUGUUGCAGUAUUUGAAGAAGAGGGAUGCGGCGAUGAAGCAAGGACAGACGUAUGAGGAGGAGCCUGAGGAGGUUGUGCCUGGACCUUCCUCGCAGUACGAGGAUGAGGAGGAACAAGUCCCACAGGAGAUUGAGGAGGCGGUGGAGGCCACUGAAGAGCAGAUCAAGAAGUCCAAGGGAGUAUCAUUCGUGUCUCCAGAGGCUUCCGAGUCCGAGCCCACUCCUCCUGCUUCUGAAAAGCCCACCGUCCUCGAAGACGCACCUACCGAUGAAGACAUCGCAUCUGACGACCAAAGCACCCCUCGCCAAGAGCUUAGGAUCGGCAUUCCGGGCCCAAGCUCCAGGGUAGCCAAUCUCGAAGCGGUCAACGAUGAGCUCGAGAAUAUUCCUGGUACCGAAGAAGCCCAAGAAGAACAAGAAGAGGAACCUUCCAAGGCUUUGACCGACGAAGACAAGCGCACUGAGUCUGCAUCGAAUCAGGAGGAGGAGUCCAGCGGUGAACCCCAGCCCCAGCCCGGCUCCAUCCUCGGAGGCGGUCUGGUCGCUGAGCCUGAGCGACAGCCCCGGCCAAAGAGAGUAUCAAGCCCUGACGACCAGUGGGGUACUCUUGGCGACCUGGACGACCUGGAUGAUGAAGAUGACGAUGUCAGCGAAUACUCCCCAGGCGGUACUAAUAUGAAGCGGUACUCGCUUACUAGAUUGCCGACGUUCCCUGGUGUUACGGCUUUCUUGGGUAGGAAUUUUAGGAGCAAUUCGGAGCCGAACCCUCACCCGUCGGAUGUGCCGGUGCAGGACGAGAGGGAUUAUUAUUCUAGUGAUGAGAGGGAGAUGCUUGAGGAGGAGCAGAAACAGGAUUUGUUGGGAGAGGAGUUGGAGAGACGGUUGGAGGAUGUGAAGGUUGAUGAGAAGGAGGAUGAGAAGGAGAAGAGUGAGGAGGUUGAGGGUGCUGAUGAGUCGCAGACCGUGCCUGAACCGGAGAAACCCACGGAAACUGAGCCGGAGCCAGCGCAAGAGACACUUCCUACCAAAGAGCCCGAAUCAAUCGAAAAGAAGGGUAAGAAGAAGAAAAAGAAGAAGAAGAAUAAGGGGAAGGGCAAAGCCGUUGAGCUGGAGCCAGAAAACGCGGAGCCUGAGGCGCCAUUACCAACAACACAAGCUGAUCUGGAGACAACACUAGCACCUGAAGUCGAAGAGCCCAAAGAACCGGAGCUGGAAGCUGAACCCGAGACCAAGGAGGCCGUCGAACCAGAGGCGGCACCCACAAGCAAGCCAAAGAAGAAAGAAGAAGCCCCGGCCCCCAAGGAGUCCACCACGGACAAUGAAAACACCACCACCACUACCACCACCACCCUCCUCCCUGAGGAAACCCCUCUCCCCAAGAGCGGCGACCUCUCCCCUACUGAUGUUGGACCCCAGCCACCUACUCCUACUGCUACUGAUGAAGCUUUACCUGAAGCAACUGGCCUUGACACAAACCCCCAAAUACAGGAUUCUUUGGAUUCAGCAGCAGAAAGCAGACAUCUCCCGAGCGAAUCGCUUACCCCCCUGCCGGACCGUCAAGAUACUACUGAGCCUGAACCCACGGAAACUGCCAGUCAAGAGGACGAGGAUGCGACUACUACAACUAAUGCCAUUGAGCGCGAACCGGAACCGGAGACAGAGACCCCCACGGCCAAACAAGAGGAGGCCACCACUGCCGAUGGAAAGCAAGGUGAAUCCCAGACCGACGAUAAGGAAAAAUCCCAGGAGGAGCCAAAGACAGAGGAGCAACCAGCUACAGUAUCGCCAGAUCUUGCCUCGCCGACAUCAGAGACGUUCACUCCAAGACUUUUGAGACGGUCAACUGCCAAGAAGGAAAAGAUCAAGGCUGGAAAGAUGUCCAACCCAGCUUCACCUACCAUGGGUGCAGGCUGGGGCAUCGCCAGCCCUCCCGCUCUGAGCUUGGACAAGGCCCUUGAAGCCGCUGAUCCCUUCUCGGCUCCAGACUUGGAACGACGCAUGAGAACUGUUAGUGCGACAACCAGAGAAGCAGAGCGCUCAGCCAAGAUCGCUGAGAAAGAAAAACUCGAGCGAGCGCUUUUCUUGCAACGCAGGUCUACCUUUGACAACGUUGCCAACUCACCGACAUCUUCUACGCAUAACAGUGUCCUUGGCUCUACCUCCUCCGUGGCCGUAGAGACUGGUUCCAUCGGAGAGGAGAGGCCGGCGUAUGCGCUCAAGAGGGCUAGCACCGAUAGGGCUGAGAAGAAAAAGAAGCCGGCUGCUGAGAAGAAGAAGAGCAGGAAGUCCGAUUGGCCUGAUGCCUGGCCGGAGGACUUUGAUGAAGAGGCCACAAUGCCUCAGGAGUCUGGCCAUCCGAGCAUGUGGCCUGAGUUACAUGGCAGGGCGUCGCCGAGCCCGAUUAGAGGUCGGUCUGGGUAUAGGACGCCGACGCCGCUUGGGCAGUACAUUGAGGACGGUGGACCCAAGGACAUCCCUCCCCCUGAACCCAUCCCUGAGGUUCCUUCGAAACCCAUUCCUGAUGUUGGCUCCGACACUGCCACUCCUUCCUCGGUAACCAACAAGGAGCUUGGUGGUACUAUCAAGGCUUCUGGCAAGAAGGGCCGCAAGAGAAGAAGCUCGUCUCUUGCUGUCCCUACCGAUAAGGAAGAGGACGCCAAUAUUCAUAAUUCUGAAGCCGAACAGGGUGACUUGGACACUCAACCCUCCGGAAGUGCGCCCGGCACGAAGACCAAGAAGAACAAGAGAACACGGAAGGGCAAGGGCAAAGCCACGGAUUCCUCCCCUGCCGCUAAUGCUGAGGAUGCCGAGGGCCAGGAGGCCUCGGAUGGCGAUGAGGAGCCCUCUUCUGGCAAUGCGCAAGACGCUAAUGCUGGCGCUGCCGGCGAUGCGUUGGGCAAGAAGAAGAGGAAGAAGAACAAGAAGAAGGGAUCUCAAACUCCUUCCGGUCUCAUGAGCCCACCUCUGGAGCCGAACCCUGAGGUUGCUCAGCUCACGGCCCAGCUGGCUCAGCUUACCGAUUUGGUUCAGCAACUAGUUGUUGAAAAGACCAGAAGUCCCUCGGUGGACCCGGACACUCAAAGUCGCAGCAGGCGAAGCUCUAGUGUUACUAAGGGUAACCCCAAGAUUCGCAGGACAUCCUCCGGAGGUGGUGGCGAUGGCGAGACUCUCUACGACAGCGACGGCUUCUCGAUCCACGACGAAGACGAGGAACUCGGCGACGACAACAACGAGACGGUAGCAGCGGACGAGACGACCAAGGCAAAGCGCUUCAUGGGCGUGCCUUACCGACGCGGCAGCAAGUCCAAGUCAGACAAGGGCGGCGAAAAGGGCGACAAGGCCAAAGACAAGCAUCAACAACAACUGACAACGAACGCACUCAACUUCAAGAGCUCUUCGCAAUCGACAACGUCAACAACGUCAUCAAAGAUGAAUCUCGGGAUUCCGAAGCUGGGGUUGAACUCGCUCUUGGGCGGCAAGUCGUCAUCGAGCGGCCCCAAGGAAAUGAGCACGCAGACGAGCAGCCCGGAGCCCAGCCCGCGGAACAGCUUCAGCAAGGACGGGGACGAGGAAGUCCCGGGCUCCGAGGACGGACCGCCGGACUCGAAAAAGUAUCCCCCGUCGGCCAGCAAGCCGGUCAAGAGCAAGGUGCGCAGAGCGAUGAGCGGCUUGUCGAGGACCAGGGGCGCGCCCAGCCUGGAACAGAUCCCCGAGACGGAGUUCGAGGACUCGGAGCUGGAGGACGGAGCGUCGUCGCCUGGACCGAAACCGGGGAUGCUGAACCGCGCCAUGACGGGUAUGAGUCUGGACAAGCUGGACUUCAGGAAGCCGAGGUCGUCGUCAGUGGGAGGCGAGACGGAUCGCAGACCUGCCACGGCCACGGACGCGGAGUCAAUCAAUAUGGAGACGGCGUCAAUUACCCAGCCGAAGGGGUCGGCUAUGAUGAAGAGAGCAUUUUCGGGCAUGAUUCCUACCACGUCGAAGCCACGAGCGAGCCUGGAUCAGUCCGAGACGGAGUCGAUUUCCGGAGCCAGGCCGAGCAUGAUGAAGAGAGCCGUGUCGGGAAUGAUUCCGGGAGCGGCGAAACCACGGUCGAGCAUGGACUCGACGGCAGAACACUCGGGCGAACGCAAGAUGAGCAUGGGCUCCGCGUUCAAGAACUUCAGCAUGGGCGGCAAGUCCUCCAGGGAAGCAUCGAGGACACGGGAGCCGACCAGUCGGGGACCGAGCAUCGAUCUGGGUCCACGGGAGACGGACAGCGCGGAGAUCAGUCCGCACGAGAGCCCAGCGGUGAGGGCCGAAGUGUUGCCGGAUCCGCACCUACAUCAAAAGCCGGGAAUGAUGAAGCGAGCGUUGACGGGCAUGAACCCAGCCGCCUCACGACCGGAGAUGACGGAUCGCCGCGAAUCGGAACCGGUGCUCGAGAAGGAAAAGCACAAGACGCUCGACCGGCUGACGUUCGGUAUGAUGUCAAGGUCUCACGCGACACCAACGGGCGUGGGUACGCAGACUCCGGAUUCGGGGUUCAACAGCACGCCCGAACAAGACCUACUGGAGCCAUCGAGACCGGGAUCUGGGUCGGGGUCUGGAUCAAGCUCGAUCCAUCACCAUCAACAACAGCAGCAGUCAUCGGAAAAGAGCAAGACCAACAAGACGAUGAAGAUGCUCGGGUUGGGCGCCUUUACAAAGAAGGACAAGAACCCGGAGUUGGUGGAGACACCGCCGGAGACGAGCAGACCCGGUUCGUCGGGGUCGCAUCAAACCACGGCUGCCAAGCCCAGCAGGUUGGAUCGGACGAUCUCAGGGAUGAGUCUGUCCAGGCCAAGGAAGAGUAUAAGCCAAGAGACUUCUCCCCUGGACGCGGACUCGAGACCGGGAACUGGUUCGUCAAUGCAGCCGCCACAGCAACCGCAGUUCGCGGUGAGACCGGAUCCCAGCCCGGCGCCCAAGUCGAGAAUGGCCAGCUUCAACAAGGUCAUGACGCUGGGGUUGAUCAAGGACAAGAGCGAGAAGACUCCGACGCCCAGUCACCACGAGCCGGAGACAGCGACGCAGACGCCUAUGGAAUCCUCGGCAAGCGCACAUUCGAACGGGUCGAGACCGACGAGCUGGAACAGCAACCAGUUCCCCGAGAACCCGGUGCUAGAGGGCAAGCCGAGCAAGCCGCAGACGAGAAUGGGAAGAGCGAUGUCUGCUCUGAGCAUUCCGACGAGCAGGAACAGCGUCUCCCAGGAACGUCCAGCGUCGAGUUACCCGGAGACAACGACCAGUACCAACCUGACGGAACCGACGGACGUGACGGACUCGCACUCGCAUCACAGCCAUCAGUCAAAUCAGACGGCCACCACGGUGACAGACAGCAAGAAGGAAAAGUCAAAGAUGUCCUUCAAGAGCGUGGUCACACUGGGAAUGGCGAGCAGCAGUCGAUCAUCGAGCAGUCGGAGACAGAGCGUCGAGCAUGGCUCUCAGACCCAGCCGCAGCCGCCAACGGUGCAACAGCCGCCCGCGAUGCCGAAGUUGGAACUUCCCAGCUUUGGACUGGGCGAUUCCCUACUGGGAUCCCCACCGGGAACCUCAUCGGGUCUUUCUCCCCCGCCAAUCGGGUCGACAUCGGCACCUCCGACGUCUUACGGGUUUCCAAGCAUGAACCCAGAGACACCGUUAGAGAGACAGAAGGAUCUGGAGACGGCAUCAAUGAUGAAUCAACCCAAGCCGGGGAUGUUGUCACGGACCAAGACGGCCAUGAGUAUUGGCAGUCGCAAGGAUUGGAACGACAGCGCGGAGGCGGGAGAGAUGAUGAUGGGAGGAGAGAAGAAGAAGGUGAUGAGCUCCAGCGCGAAAGCGAACUGGAAUCGCGCGUUGAUGGGGACCAAGGGGAUGGGAAAGAUGGGCAUGGGAGGAAUGUUUGGGAAGAAGAAGGAGAAGGAGAAGGACAGGGGGACUGGUGUUGAGGAGGUCACGGUGAGCCCUGAGGAGGUUGAGCUACAGUCUACGUCAGAGGACAUUGAGGCUACGCCAGAGGACAGCAAUCCUGAACAGGUAGAGCUUCCACCUUCUCCUACAGUUCUCUCUGAUGCUGGGGGACCUACUGAAGCCGCUAUGGAGCCAACUGAGCGGGAAUUCGACCAGCAGCUUAAGAAAGACAACGAGCUACUCUCUUCACUCAACCCUCAAGAGAUCGAACUCCCACCUUCACCUUCGGCUAUGUCUGAGACCGAGAAGCUUACGGAAGCCGAGAUUGCGCCAAUUGAACAGAUAUUAAGUCAGCAAUUUCAAAACGACAUAGAGCUUCCAUCAUCAUCAUCAUCAUAUGCAGUCAAUCCUGAAGCUGUUCAACUUCCCGCCUCUCCUCCACUCUCAGCUUUGUCUGAUGCUGGUGAACUCGCCGAAGACAAAAAUGAGACAAUUGAGCAGAGCUUCAACCAGCAAUCCUUCAGGGAUGCAGAAACCCUGUCUUCCUUCAUAAUGAACCCUAAAGACGUCGAGCUUCCGGCGCCUCCUUCAACCCUAUCAGAUGCAGGGCAUCUCACCGAUACCGAGCCGGUGGUUGAACAAGCCAAGCAGAUCGUGGAGCCGCCUUCACCGGCCACCGCUGACCGUGACCUGGCUCUUGACAAGGAAAACAAACCGUUCAUUGGGCAGCAAUCAGACAUCCCACUUUUCACGCCUGAGGCUCAGGAUUCUCAGGUACCCGAAGCCUUGGGACUGGUGCCAACUUCUGAGGCUAACCUUUCCUCUCCCCCACUUCCUUGCUGUUCUUCCCGCUCUUCCAUGUCUGGUGCUUCUGAAGAAGAGCUUCCAUUACCCUCAGAAGACCUUCCCCCACUUCCUUCCUCUCCUAACCUUAUUCCAACUGCUAUUGCUACCCCUAUCGCUGCCACUGCCACUACCGCCACUACAACCGCUGCUGUUGCUGUUGCUGUUGCUGUUGCUGUUGCUGUCACUACCUCUACCGCUUCCGAGGCUACUACCGAAGCUAUUGAAGCCACCCACGACGAGCAUGCCCCGUCACAACGCGCGGCUGCUCGUUCUUCUUCUUCCCCUUCUUCAUUUAGAAUGACUGAGCCUGAAGAAGUGGAGCUCCCUCCAUCUCCUCACUCACCGGCGCCGCACGCGCACACUGUCACUGCUGUGCCCAGGCCGGAGGAGGUGGAGUUGCCGGCUUCCCCUGCUGUCGAUGAGCCUCAUCGCCAACUCACUCAAGACAUUGACGGCGACACCAAGCAGCCCGUACAUGAGGCUAAACAACAUGAGCAUGUCGACGCUCGCUCAUCUGAACUAAGCCUUGACCAGCACCAGCACCCUAUUUCCGAGAUAAGACCCACUGAGAUCCAACUCCCGCCCUCACCGAAGGUUACCCCUGACUCCCCUGAGGAAGUGGAGCUUAACGCGGCUGCCCCUGAGGCUGAAUCCACACCUAUCGUCGACCUAUCUUCUCAUGGAGAACUUCCUUCGCAUAACGAACUUCAUCAAUCGCCCAAGGUCACUGCCGAUGCUCAACCUGCCUCAGAGCCCCCAAUUCUAAUGGCUGUCCCAAGCUCCCUGGACAUGCCAACAUUGGCCGAGAUCAGAUCAGAGGACGUGGGACUACAGUCCUCGCCUUCUGAUGUUGAGCCUCUAGAGGAGCAACUUCAAAUUAUUACCGAGCUCCUUCAAGAUACUACAACCUCGACCUGGUCAGCUGCGCCUGUUAUGGUUCUUCCAAACGUAGAGCUUCCGACUUCCACUGAGCGCCUGGUUUCUCAUUCUCCCGCGGUUGAGGCUUAUGAUGCAGUGAUCCCAACUGCUGCCAUUGAGCCUGAGCUUUCUGAAGUAGAGGAUCUCCCGUCAUUGUCAAAGCAGAGAACACUAGCCGACGAAUUGGAUGGCCUUUCUGAUUCUGACUCCCAUGAGGCUUCACGUUUUCCCUCUCCCUCUGUCGACGCCCAACGCGCCGAGCUUCCAUCCUUCGCUGAAUUCCCCAGAGACUCUGAAGAACUCCCAUCCUCGCCAGCGCAGAAGACACUCGCCGAUGAAUUAGCAGACCUCUCCGAUUCUCAUGAACCUUCGCGUUCUCCUUCUCCUGAAGCUGGGAUUCAAAGAGCCGAGUCCCCAUCAUUCACCGAACUUCCCAAGGAUGCAGAACUCCCAUCUUCGCACUCCUCGCCUAUGGUGGCCCCUAAGGAUGUAGAGCUCCCAACCUCCCCCGAGCUUAUACUUUCGCCCUCUCCUGAGCCGAAAACCGAUAAUCAAGAUAAGGACUUUCCAAUCACGACCGAGUCACACGAGACCGCCAACAUUAUAAUCUCAACCCCCACGUCGCCCAAGGUCAGGCUCGAAAACACCGAGCUUCCGCCUUCUCCGCAGCAUCCUCAACUCUUGCCUUCGCCUAAUAUUGUACCCGGCUACCAGUUCUCGCCUGAGCCUAUCUCUGACGACGAGGGCCUGCCGCUCUCACCUGGGGAUGAGUUUGUGGAUGAUGACGACGAAGGGUCACCGGUUGAUGUUGAGCAAUACGAACGGAGCUUCAGUGAUGAUCCCCAGGAUGGAUACGCUUCUUCGCCCGAGGGUACUGUUGAGCAUAGGGAAAUCCAGCAGGAGUAUCCUGAAGCCUCAUCGCCCACUGUUGAGCUAGCUGAAGACGUAGAACUUUCGCGUUCUUCUUCGCUCGCAUGGUCGCCAAGAAUCUCACCAGCGGAAGUGGAACUCCCUGCUUCUCCCCUGGAGGAGGAGUUUGCGGCGGAAACUAUCGAGUCGCCCAAGUUCCCUGCUUCGUCCCCUUCACCAAAGAGUACACCCGAGGACGCAGUCCUGUCCCCCGCACUUGAGGCGGCAAUGGACUUCACGCCUUCUUCACCUGUUGAACGCUCGGUUCCUUCAACUAAGGAUGCCCUUGAGGAAAGGGCCGUCUAUCCUGCACCUGAGGAGGAGUCGGUAUCGUCGCCCCAGAUUACACCCGCGGAUAUUGAGCUCCCAGCUACUCCUACCGAGCAGAAUAUCGCCUCUGAGAACGCCGAGCUUCCGUCUUCCGAUAAGAGCAUCCCAAGGGACGCGGUCCUUUCGCCUGCACCUGAGGUCGAGACCGUUAAGAUUGCGCCUUCGUCCACAGUGCAACACCCUGUUUCUCCCAAGAUUCCAUCCGAAGAUAUGGGAUUGCCAAACCCGCUGUUGCCUGAGGCCGAAUAUGAAGAAAUGGAGCUCCCGAUUACUGCCACUGCCGCUCAGUUGCCUGAAGAUAUUGAGCUGCCGCAGUCACCUGUCGAGACUGAGUCUAACGAAUUCGAACAUCCACCUACCACUGGGAUUCCUACUGGCACCGAGGUUUCGACUUCCACUUCACCAAAGAUCUCUCCCCAAGACGUGGAACUCCCCAUGUCGCCCGAGGUUGAAGUCCAGCACGUGGAGUUCCCCACUCCCGCUCACGAAGUCACUCGUAGCCUUGGCGAUCAAUCUGACAACAUCCACGAAGAAAUCUCAUCUUCCCCGAAGGUUACGCCCGCGGACAUCGAACUCCCAACUUCGCCUGUGGAAGAAAGCACUCCCACCGCGUCUGAAGAACUGCCCAGCUCUCCCGAGGUCGAAGUUCAGCACGUCGAAUUCCCAACUCCCGCUCACCAAGUCACCCGCAGCCUUGGCGACCAAUCUGACAAAAUCUACGAAAACUCAUCCUGGCCAAAGAUUGCGCCCGAGGACAUCGAACUCCCAACCUCGCCCGUGGAAGAAAGCACCCCCGCCGCGUCUGAAGAACUGCCCAGAUCGCCCGAAACCCAAGUCCUAGACUCACCCAAAAUCAUGUCCGGAGACACUGGUUUGCCCGAAUCGCAUAUGACCAAAGCGGAAGUCGAGGAGAUGGACCUCCCUACAGCUGCUGAGCAGGCCACUGAGCAGGAUGAGCAAAGCGUUGGUGAACAAUCUGACAACGAUUUCGAGGCUGAGCCUUCGCCUAAGAUUGUGCCCGUUCCCGAGGAGGUUGAACUCCCGCGCUCGCCUUCGCCUGUUGAGGACGUGGAACCUGUGGAGGACUUGGAGGAUUUGGAUGUUGAUGUUGAUGUCGAUGAGAUGCAGCACUUGCAUUCGCAGCAGAUUAUCCCGCCUGGUCUUCAGCGUGCGGUUUCGCCUGAUACUAUUGCCGAAGAGGUCGGGCUUGUUCCGGAAGAGGUCGAACUUCCUGCUUCUCCCGUAACCGAGGCCACGCCAGAGGAUAUUGAGGCUACGCCAGAGCAUAUUAAGGCCCCACGCUCGCCAUUGUCUGCCGAGUUAGACGUCGAUGAGCUUCAGCACAUGCACUCCCGGCAAAUCAUUCCGCCCAAUCUUCACCGUUCAGUUUCCCCUGCACCUAUUCCAGAAGAGACACAAUCCCCGGCUUUGCCCGAGACUAUUGCGGAGGAUAUUGAGCUUCCUGCUUCUCCCUUGACUGAGCUCGCUUAUGAAGAGGUUGAGGUUACACCAGAGCAUAUCGAGGCCCCGCGCUCGCCAUCGCCUGCUGGUCUGGACGUCGAUGAGGCCCAGCACUUGCACUCCCGGCAAAUCAUUCCGCCCAAUCUUCACCGUUCAGUUUCCCCUACAGCAGUUGCUGAAGAUGCCCAAGUUGUUGCCGAAGAGCCCAAGCUUAUUCCGGAAAAGCUCGAAUUUCCUGCUUCUCCUAUAACUGAGGUUGCGCCAGGGGAUAUCGAGGCCCCAAGAUCACCUUCGCCUGGUGAGCCUGAGCCUACUGGGUUGGAUGUCGAUGAACUCCAGCACUUGCAUUCGCACCAGAUUGUUCCGCCUAAUCUUCAGCGCUCCGUUUCGCCUCAUAAUGUGCUCGAAAAGGCCGAGGUUGCUACUUUACCUUUGGCUGAAUCUACACACGAGGAAGUCGAGCUUUCGCGCUCACUCUCGCCUGUACCUAAGGUGGAUGUUACCGAGCUUCAAAGCUCGAACCAGAUUCCUCCUCUGUACGUUCAGCGUGCAGAUUCCACUUGGGGUGAAGUUUCUGAAGAUGCAGAGCUUCCCACCUCGUCUAUAAAGGAUAUCGUAUCUGAAGAGGUUCAGAUCCCCGCUUCGCCAAAUGCUGCUCCUACUGAGAACGAGCUUCCAACUUCAACUGCAUCCUCGCCUAGGAUCGCACCCGAGGAGCUUGACAUUCAGCGCUCUCCACCUGUGGAGGACUUUGACAUUACCGAGCUUCAACAUCAGCAUUCAACUCAGAUCAUCCCUCCCCAUCUUCAACGCUUCGUUUCGCCUACAGCCCAAUCCCAGGCUGUUCCUGAAGAUGUUGAGCUCCCUGCGUCGCCAUUGGAGAAGCUCAUGCCUGAGGAGGUUGAACUUUCACGCUCACCUUCACCGGUCAAGAAGGAAUUAGAUGUCAUCGAGAUGCAACAUCAACAUUCGACCCAAGUCAUUCCUCCCCAUCUUCAACGCUCCGUGUCGCCUACAGUCGAGGCCCAGGCCCAGGCUGUUCCAGAAGAUAUUGAGCUCCCUGCUUCGCCUUUGGAGAAGUUCACGCAUGAGGAGGUUGAACUUUCGCGCUCACUUUCACCUUCACCUUCACCAGUGGAGAAAGAAUUGGAUAUCGUCCAGAUGCAACAUCAACACUCGGCUCAAACCCUCCCUCUGUACGUCCAACGUGCAGAUUCAACUUGGGGUGAAGCUGAGGAUAUUACUGAGAAGGUUGAAGCCUCUCCUGCUUUGCCAUUGGAGAAGUCCACGCUUGAAAGAAUUGAGCUUUCAGGAUCCCCAUCCCCAGUGGAGAAGGAACUGGACGUCAUGGAGAUGCAGCGUGAACACUCUGCUCAGAUGAUUCCUCCCCAUCUUCAACAACGCUCCGUGUCGCCAGAUCAACAUCCUACUCAGAGCCUUCCUCUGCUCGCUCCUCUGUACGUUCAGCGUGCAGAUUCAACCUGGGGCGAGGCUGUUGUUGAGGAUGUGUUGGAGCUCCCGCGAACACCGUCACCUGUUGACGAGUUUGAAGCGUCCGAUGUCCAAACUACCACGUCGCCAAAGAUCGUUGGUGAGCUGGACGUUUCUGAGACCCAAAGAUUGCAUCCAAGCCAGAUGCAUCCUCUAUACGUUCAGCGAGCGGAUUCAACUUGGGGUGAGGUUCUUGACGAGCUUGACCUUCCGACUUCGCCUCUGGAGAAGAUCGCACCUGUCGAGGUCGAAGUUCCUCGCUUACCUUCACCGGUGGAGAAGGACUUGGACGUCGUUGACAUGCAGCAUGAACACUCUGCUCAGAUUCUUCCUCUGUCGGUUCCUCUGUACGUUCAGCGUGCAGAUGGAACUUGGGGCGAGGUUCCUGAGGACGUUGAGCUCCCGCGAGCACCUUCGCCUGUCGAAGAAAUGGAGACCUCUGAGCAUCAACUAGUCUCCGACCUUCGGAUCAUUCCAGAGGAUAUCGAGCUCCCAGCUUCUCCUGUUACUGAGGAUGUGCCCGGAGAGACUCAGCUGCCACGCUCGCCAUCACCUUUCGACGAGUCCAAGAUCACCGAACUCCAACAUCUGCAUUCGGCCCAGAUCAUUCCCAGGAACAUUCACCUUGCGGCUUCAUCUUCCGGCUCGCCAAAGAUCAGAGCGGAGGAAGUCGAACUCCCCGCCUCGCCUGUGGAGGAACUGGACGUUGAUGAGCUUCAGCGAUUCCACUCAAGUCAAAUUGUUCCUCCGCAUGUUGAGCGUUCGGUUUCGCCGUCCGCUGAGGAUGCUGUUGCUCAAGAUGUGGAACUUCCGUUUUCUCCAGUGGUUGAAAAGGCAGAGGAGCAGCUUCUGGUUGAGCCUAUUGAUCAUUCUGAGGUUCCAGAAGAGCAAGACGAAGAGCAGCAUGACAAGCACACUGCUCCCGUAGAUUCGCCCGUCACUGCACCCAAAGACGUCGAGCUCUCUCAUUCGCCUGUUCUUCUGCCCAUAGACGUUGAGCUUCCGGCAUCACCUGCCACCGAAUCAGACCCAGAACCAAUUGAGGAGCCCGUCCGCCAAAGUUUCGACUCGGACCUGUUCUACGAUGCCGUUGAGGGUAAAGGCAAACAACCCGCAACCGGUGCUGAGGAACUAACACAACAGGACGAUACUUCAAAGACAAGUCCGGCACAGAAGUGGGAGGUGCUCGACAAUGAUGACCUUGACUCUAUUGACGGCGUCGAUUCAGAACCCUCGGAAAACGGCCUACUCACGGAGGCUCCAACAAGUAAGCAAGCGAACCAAGAAAAACCAGUGGCUGCUGCGAUCGAGCGAUCGGAAGAUGAUGCCCCCAUCAUACCUCGAACUACCACUACUACUACUGGCGACGGACAUCAUGCUGACAUUCUCAGCCGCGAAGCAGACACCAAUGUGGACCUUCGUCGGUCGGCUGGUGGGUCGCCAGUUCCAACUUCCACGUCGAUAGCAGCAGCCACCGUCGCCGCAGCAGGAGCAACAGCACUCGCUGCGGCCGCCAUGAAUGAGCUUCUUACAACAUCAACAAAAGACGAUGAACCGGAACUGAGAGAUGAUACCGUUGAAGUCCACCCCGCCGUCAAGGGCACCAUCAACAGAGGCUUCGAUGAGUACGACUAUGCUACUACUGCGCUAUCUCCCACCAUGGUUGGCCUUGGUCUCAUUGAGGAUGCCCCCAUGGAGCUGUAUCCCAUGGAUGGGCCCUCUCCCAAGCUUCUCUCCGCUUCCACAUUCCCUCUGGAGGAAGCUGGAAAUGAUGAGGGCGAUUACUUCGCCAACGUCAAGCUGCCCGAGGGUGCUACCUUCGAGGAGCUUCCUUCCGAAGCGGAGGAGCCUGCUCAUGAGCACGCCAGCCACUUCACUCAUGAUCCGCCUUCCGAGCCUGAAGAGCAUGAAGUUAAGAAGGCAAGGAAGUCAGUCGACGAACCGCAGGGGCCUGAGACACUCUUCGCUCCACGCAAGCCGAUGCCAUAUUCCUCAACCAGGGAGAUACCAGUCAAAGGAUCUUCUCCCAAGUCCGCUGCCCCGUCUCCUUCCGCUAAAGAGACGCGCCAACCACCCAAGCCAGCAGAGCCAGUCAGACACAAGCGCAUCAGGUCCACCGAGCCAGCCCGUCUCUCCAACGAAGCCCUCGCAGCGUCUCUCUCGCCACCCGCUAAAACCUCAACCAGAAACUCAUGGCCUGCCGCUUCCACCGGAAAAGCCAAAGCGCUCGCCGCUUCCUUCCUUGAGUCUUCUUCCGUCAACCGCGGUUCCUCACCCGUCACGCCCCGCUUCCCGCCAUCUGCCAUGCACCAACAACAGCCACCAGUCUCAGUCCUGCUCAAAGAACAAUCCCAGCGCCGGUCCCGCGAAAUAGCAGCCAAUUACCUCGAGAUGUUCGCCGACGACCGUAAAUUCCGAUCAAAAUCCCGACCUCGCAGCCAACCGUCAUCUUUUUUAGGUCGGGCAGCACCGGACGCCGCUAUUAAUAGGGUGCCGGUGCCGGUUGAUUUGGAUUCGUUGGGUCAGACUGUUGUUCCUGAGCCUGAGGAACCUGAGAAAGAGAAAGAAGAGCCGGCUGGUGCUAGUCCGCCCUAUUUCACUAGCUCGGUAGACUCGAUGGGGUCACCGCCGGGUGGACAGGAACAGUCGCACUCACAAGCUUUGUCGCAAGCUCUGGAGCUGGCUGUUUCCUACUUGGAUGACGAGGGUGAGGACGUCGGUGCCGUGCCCAUGGUUGUUACACCUGGGGUGGAUAUGGAGAUUACGCCUAGUCCUGAGAGUUUGCCUGAGUUGCAGCCUGAACAAACCAAGACCAGUGAGCGUGGGGUUGAGGUAAAGGCUGCACAAGAACCUGAGCCUGAGCCUGAGCCUGAGCCAGCAACAUAUGAACAUGGCAAUUCUCCUGUUUGGGGACGAGGAAUGUCUCUGCCUAGUGUCGAAAUCCAGCCCGCCACUCCCGAGGCGAGAGCUGACAAAGAAGAGGUCGAGUCCUUGUUCGAAAUUCCUGCGCAUGCGCAUGGGGUUGAGACUUUGUCGACGGUGAUGGAGGAGUCGGAACCUACAUCUGCUGAUGAGGACCAGGAGGAACCUACUCCUGUUCCUGCUUUUGUGUCGACUUUUGAAGCACAUGAAGCUCCUGUCAUCGAAAGGUCCGAACAUGACGAGCGCUCUCCUUCACCUGAACUCCCCAAGGAGGAAGUCCACCCGACUCCAUCUGUUGAGCUUGACAUUGCUGAGAUGCAGCGGUUGCAUUCAAGACAAAUUAUCCCGCCUCAUCUUCGGCGUUCGGCUUCUCCCACUCCUCAAACCAAGCCUGAAGAGGUUUUGCUCCCAUCGUCGCCUGUCCUGGAGCCCCAAGACGUUGAACUCCUUUCGUCACCUGUAUUUUCUGGGGAAUCUCAACACACUCCGACCGAUAUCGACAUUGCCGCACUCCAGCAGUUGCACUCAGGACAGAUCAUCCCUCCCAACCUUCAACCUUUGGAUUCUCCCACUUCUGAGGUCACCCCCGAAGAGGUUAAAAUCCCCUCUUUUGAGCCUAUCCUGAACCCAGAAGAUGUGGAGCUUCCCACCUCUCCGGUGGAGGAGAUGAUCCCCAUUGUUGCCACGGGUUUGGUCGCAGCUGGACUCAUGUUAGCUUCUGAGGCUUCCGAGGCUUCCAAGCUUCACGAUCGCUCAGACGAAGAAUAUUCUGUACCCGCUUCUCCAGUUUCAGUUAGAGAAAGCGAGAGACAUCUGGCUGACAAGGUCGAAGAUGCUCACCGUCCUGUAACGCCAGAGGUGUAUCCUCAGGAUGUUGAACUCCCUGCUUCCCCCGAGAUUAAGCCCCAGGAUAUCGAGCUGCCUACCUCUCCCAAGGUUUUGAUGGAUCAGCCUCCUCAAUCCCCUCCCGGCGUUCCGGGCUACAGCUCCAGGCCAGCGCCGCCGCCUUACAAUCCUCCCUCUGACAAGCCGCCCCUGCCCUCGGACUGGACGCCUAUGUGGGACGACGAGUAUCAGAGAUGGUACUACGUUGAGGAGGCCACGGGCCGCUCGCAGUGGGAAGCUCCUGGCUUUGAGGUUGAGUUGCCUGUUUCUCCGAGAAUUGUUUCUGAGCAGGUUGAGGUUUCUUCUUCUCCUGCUAUUGAACCCAGGGAUGUUGAGCUUCCGUCAUCUCCUAUCGAACGUGAGGAGGUGCAGCUCGCCUCUGAUUCUGAUUCUGAUUCUGACGAAGAGGCGGAGGAAGACAACAAGCCAACUGAUGAAGCUCCUCGUGUCCCAAGCCCCGAGGAGAUCGAGCUACCUUCAUCUCCUGCCAUUGAACCCAGGGAUAUUGCGCUUCCGUCCUCGCCUAUCGACCAAUCCGAAGAUGCAGUGCUCGCCUCUGACUCUGACUCCGAGGCAGAGGAGGACAGGACAGUUGCUGAAGAUGAUGUCACAAAGCCCGAGGAGAUUGAACUGCCCUCAUCUCCUGCCAUCGUACCCAAAGACAUCCAGCUCCCUGCUUCUCCUGCUGUUGAGCUCAAAGGCAUCGAAAUCCCGUCUUCGCCCGAGCCAGAACAUGAACUUGACUCCGAAGGUGAACCAGAAGCAGCAACACACUUUCUGCUCGACUCCGACGACGAAGACGAGGAAGAUGACUACGACCCGCUAGCCGACCUCCUUCCCUCGCCCGAGGUCAGCCCCCAACAAAACCGUGAACGUUAUCAGCGGGAACUUCCCCAUCCUCAUCCGCUCAUGAUGCACCCCGUCGAAUACUCAGCGCCAUAUCAACCCGGAUAUGAUGGGCCAGAGGAAGAGGUCCACACGCCUGUUCAUGUUGAACCGGUUGAGUUUUGGCAUUCGCCUGAGUUGAGGUACCAUUACUCGCCUGAGCUGAGACCUGCCGAGCGGGAAUUCGCGUCUUUCCCUGAGGUUAAUCCCGAGGAUGUGCACUUGCCUGCUUCACCUACAGAGGAGGAGGAGGUGCCGCAUGUCGAAGGCGAUAGAGGAUUGUCCCAUGACAUGCCAGAUGAGUGGCAGAGUGAAAGUGGAAGCGAGAGUGACGACAAUGAGGAUUUUGAGCAUGACGAUGAUGCGGAACAUGAAGUGCAUCAAGCAGAAAGUGUCGCGAUCGUCGCUCGCGCCGGCACCGUUGCUGUGUUUGGCGGCGCUGCUGCGGUUGUGGCGAACACUUCGAAGAAGGAAGACGAAGCGAAAGAUGAUCGCAAAGUGGAAGAACUGGCGGAGACUGAAGAGCAAGAUGAAGAGGGUGAGAAGACGGAAAGUGAGAGUGAUGAAGGGAAUGAAAGAAGCGAGGAUGAGGACGACCAAGUCAAACCUGUCACGGCUGUGCGAGGUGAUGACAAGCGAGAAGACAGCGAGGAUGAAGAUUCGGAGUUUGAGGGGCAGAGUGAGAGAGGAGGGUCUGAGGAUGACCAUGAAGAUGACAAAGAGGACUACCAUGGUGAGGAUGAAGCCAAGGGCACUCCCAGGGCUAUUCCUGGAGAUGGCGACAAACAACGUACGGAGGACGACGUGCUGUCGGUUUCGAUCAUGAACGAUGCGGAUACCAAGAGCCUGGCAAGUAAGCCUUCUUCUGAGGGACUUCCCGAACCUAGUCUCGACCGCCAAGAUUCCGAGACGCUUCCCAAGGCAAUCAGGGAAGGAGCGCCAAUGCCGUGGGCAACCCAAAGCAAGCGUCGGGAAGAGUCCCACUCGCCUCCCCCGGUUGUGCAACGCACGUUCUCUUUCCCUGACGACAUUGCGGAGGAGGAAGCAUUUACCGUCAGUCGCUCCAACACGAUGGCGAGUGAAGGUGGUGGUGACACGAAGCAUGGGGAAGGUCCGGCCGCAGACAGUCACGCGACAUCGGAUCAACCUCACCAUCAUCAACAUCAACAAACCCCCAGCGCGCCCAUGUCCACCAUUUCAGACUACGCGCAUUCCUACAACAGCCUACCGACGUUGCGGGAGGAAGAUUGGGCAACGGAUGACGACAGACACAAGAGCGACCAGGACGGCGAUUCACCCAUCAACAAAGCCAGCAUCACGGGCCUUUUCAGAUACGGGACUCCCAUCAUGGAUCCCAACCGUGAUAGUGGCUUCACCUUAUCGGCCAGGGGCUCGCCGCAGAUGCCACGGUACGCGGUCUUCAACGAGCAGUAUCACCAGCAACAACUUGAGCGACAAGCCCAGAUCAAGGAGGAGGAUCUGCGAGAGAGAGGGGUUGAUCUACGGGAUUUUGCCAAUAGCCCGUCUGCUGGCAGUGACCGGACCGAGACUGGACCUUCGUCUCCUCUGAGAACUACUGGGACUCCCAAGAUCCAGGAACCAGUGCCUCAGAACACGGAGGUCAACAUGGAUGUCGUCAAGGAGCAGCAACACAGCAGCAAGGAGACAAGGCGGGAAACACCACAAGACAAAGCUGCUGAGCAACAUAUUCCCAAAACCUUGCCAGGCCUUGGAGUCCCCGCGAUGAGGCCAACAGGCGCUUUCCGGAGUGUCUCGGACAUCAGCCAGCAAUUGCAAUCAGCAGUCUCAGGAAGCCAAUCGCCAUCACCGGUUGGCCGGCCAAUCCCAUCCAACACUGGUGUUGCACGACAGGGACUGCGGUCUCCCGAGCCGCUGAGUACUGCCAGCAACUUCUUCAACAACUUGCGGCCUGACAGUCCAGGCAGCACCACCAGUAGCAUAAUCAGCAGCCGGUCUCACACGAGCACUCCCCCGCUCAGGCGGAUGGACAAGCGGGCCACUGGCAACCUGCGCUCCCUUUCCUUUGGCAGCCAACAGGAUCCCGCCGCCAAGUCAUUCCUUGGAACACUUGCAGAAGAGGGAGAACAGCAAGGUGAGGGAGAGACUGCUACUGCUACAGUGAGCCCUCCACCACCAAGUUCCAGAAGCCUGAACGCUGGUGGCACUGUCAGCCCAACAACUCCCUCGCGUGGUGGUGGUCAACAACACAGUGACACCAUUCCCACCUCCACCACCCGAUCGGGAUCAUCGCCGACGGCUGCCCCCCACCACCAAAACCAGGCCCCAGCCACCCCUAGUCCUCCCCGGCCCAACACUAGCAGGGCUACCAGCGCUAACAGCGUCCUUGCUGGGGCCGGUGCAGCUGCCCUGGCAUUGGGCACUACCCACUUGCUCUCCACUACCACCACCAACUCCAGCUCCAGCCCUGUCGCCGGUGACGACAACAAGAACCUCGACACCAAAGACAAACACAAACAAGCUGCUGUGGUGACAACGCCCCGGGCUCUUUCUGUCGCACUAUCUCCCACGCCCGUCGCCAAUGAAGGCCGCACCCGAUCUAAGGGGUCAAUGGAUGUGUCCGACGUUUAUGAUGGCUUAGGCGAAGGUCGCCUGGGCUCUCCGCGAUCGCCCGCCCGUCCGCCCAGCUUGCGCAAACGGCAAAGUGUCCAGCUUAUUGAUCUGGAGAGACAACUUGCCCAGUUGAUGGCCGAGAAUGCCGCGCUGCAAAAAGCCAAAAAUGACGCCGAAACCGAAUUGUCCCAACGCAACUCCGAGCUGAGCAGCAUCCUUGCCGACAAGAAUAUCGAGAUCGAGAACUUGCAACGCGAAAUCCAAGAAACACGCGAAACAUGCGACCGACUCGAGGAAACAUACGAAGGCUUCAAGAGCUCAACUGCCGCCAUUGCUGCUAAGCACAGCGACAAGGUGCGCGAACUCGAAGAGCAAGUGAGGAAAGCCGCCGAGGAACUCGCCGCCGCUCAGGGCGGUCACGAACAAUAUACCAAGGCCAUUGCAGAGAAGGAUGCCCAGAUCGCCCAUCUGCGCGCCCAAUUGGACGCCCAAGCUGCCCGGAUCAGCGAGCUGCAGAAGGAAAUCGAGAACCAAGAACAAAUUUUCCGGUCACCGGAGCCUUCUGGAGCCGAUGACUUCCUCGACCUGCACGACGUCGACUACUUCGACCAGCGUCUUUCCCAGCUCUGUGCCCACGUCCAGCAAUGGGUCCUCCGCUUCUCCAAGUUCAGCGACAUGCGCCACUGCCGCCUGACCUCCGAAAUAAACGACGAGAAGCUGAUCGACCGCCUCGACAACGCCGUCCUCGACGGCUCCGACGUGGACGUCUACCUCGCCGACCGCGUUCGCCGCCGCGACGUCUUCAUGUCCAUGGUUAUGACCAUGAUUUACGAAUUUGUCUUCACCCGUUUCCUCUUCGGCAUGGACCGCGACCAGCGUCAACGGCUCAAGUACCUUGAGAAACAACUGUCGGAAACCGGACCCGUGCAUGCAGUCCGGCAAUGGCGCGCUGUUACCCUCACGCUGCUCAGCCAACGAAGAAACUACAAGAGUCAGCGAGACCGUGACACGGAAGCAGUCGUCCAAGCUAUCCUCGACGCACUGGAUAAGAUCCUGCCCCCGCCGUCAGACAAGGAAACCGUCAUACUGGAACAGCUCCGUCGUGUAGUCAAGGAGGCCGUUUCGCUGUCAAUUCAGAUGCGUUGUCAAAGAGCGGAGUAUAUCAUGCUCCCUCCCCUUCAACCAGAAUAUGAUGAAAGUGGGGAAUUGAUCGAGACAGUGUCGUUCAAUGCUGCUUUGAUGAAUGAACGCAGCGGAGACGCCGAGGUCCCCGAUCCAGAGGAAUUGGAGAGGAUGAGGGCUACCGUGCGAGUGGUCCUGUUCCCCCUGGUUAUUAGGAAGGGGGAUGAUAUGGGUAGGGGAGAUGAUGAGGUUGUUGUUUGUCCUGCGCAGGUUUUGGUGCAGAGGCCGAGGAAACAGAGGAGGGUUGUUAGUGGGGGGAAGCAGGUGGCCAGGGACCGGGAGCAGCCAGUGCAUAGAGAGCAGAGGGAACCGGUACCGCAGGGGAUGAGAGGGGGAUGA